AUGCUCGUUUUUCAAUUCCUCCUUGCGCUUGGCCUUGUCAUGCUUGCCCACGCCAGAAUGUCUACCGACUUCGUCACCCAUGCCGUUGGUGUCUUUGAGAUCAAGGACUUUCUCGUCUUCAAUGUUGUCUCUACCGAACUUCGUGAUCCCUCCACUAGAGCCACCAACCGCACUAUCUCCUUUACCUUCACCGACCCAAAUGCGAACACUACCAUCCAAUGCGGAGAGGCUUGGAUCAACAACAACACUCCGUUCAACUAUGUCUACUGCGGCAAUGGUCCCAAUGCCAAUGGGUUCUCGUCGUUCCGAUUCAAGACCUACACCCACGCUGGCAAGUUCGAUCUUCAGCUCACCCACAGCUUCUCCGACCCAACCCACUACCCACCACCAUACAGUUUCGUUCAAUACUUCGCUCCCGCUUCGUUCGAGCUUCAAUGCAACAAGCUACGCAACAACGCCCGUUGCAUCCAAGGCGGUCCAGUCCGCGGCGUCAUCAACCAAAUCUCCAACUAA